AUGGCACCCCCAUCGAGCUUCAAACUCAACACUGGCGCCUCCAUUCCUGCCGUUGGACUUGGAACAUGGCAAGCAAAUCCGGGCGAGGUUGGAAAGGCCGUGGAGCACGCUCUUAACUGGAAUACGCACCAGACUGACGUGGCCGCCGGUCUGGCCCAGACCUUGGAGGAUCUUCAAACGGACUAUCUCGACCUUUACCUUGUGCACUGGCCAGUACGCCUUGUGCCCAACGAAACGUCUGACCUUCUUCCCGUGAACCCAGACGGCACGCGUUCUGUUGAUCGCUCUUGGGACCAGCAAGACACCUGGAGGCAGAUGGAGGAGGUCUACCGUUCCGGAAAGGCCAGGGCAAUUGGCGUGUCGAACUGGAGUGUGCCGUACCUAGAGCACUUGAAGAAGACGUGGACUGUGACGCCAGCUGUGAACCAGGUCGAACUGCACCCGUUCAACCCGCAGCACAAGCUCAAGGAGUGGUGCGACAGUCACAACAUUCUUCUAGAGGCAUACUGCCCUCUGGGCUCUACGGGCGCCCCGCUUCUUGAAGACGAGCAAAUCGCCAGCAUUGCAAAGAAGAACGGUAUUUCGCCAGCUACGGUGCUAAUCUCGUACCAAGUGAACCGGGGCUGCGUUGUCCUGCCCAAGUCCGUCACUGCGAACAGGAUUGAGCAGAACCUCAAGGUGGUUGAGUUGUCAAAAGAGGAUAUGAAAGUAUUGGACGGAAUGGCUGCGAGUGGCAAGCAGAAGAGAGUCAAUACCCCGGCCUGGGGUCAUGAUUUGGGGUUUGAGGACUGGUAUGGGCCGGUGCCGAAUUAG